AUGUCCAUAGCUCCACGGCCGCCGUCCGAAUCCAAACCAAAGGGAGCGCCUCAUGGCCUGCCAGCAAAUUUGCCCAAAAACUGGUGGGCUCGCAGGGUGCGGGUCAGUGCCCUCCAGCGGAAAGUGGCAUACCUGGCCUUGAAGGCAAAGUGGAAGUGGAAUGAGGUGGAGAACAUUUGCCAGCGAUUGACAGAAGAAUGGCAGCGGCCACCAUUGAUCGCCCUUUUGCUUCCGGCCACUGCCUGUGAAUCAGCCUGGCCUGCUCUGGAAGGGCUGUCAGACAAAGUAGUGAUUGAAGGCUUUGCUGAGACAAUCUACUGUGGAGAAGACGUAUGCCUAUGGGUUCUGAGGUGGGCUGCUGACAAUCUCAGAACUGACCCUCCGGCAAUUACCCUCGAACUCUUUGCUUCGCAUGUAACAGCAGCGAUGGCACAGUUUCAUCCUCGAGAUUCAGGGCCGUUCCUUUGGCCACUCCACGACAAGGACAUUGCAUCCGCAAUUGCCAUGUGCGAGUAUGUCGGAGUGGAUGCUCCUUGGUGGAGAAAGCUGCUGUGGGCAUUGAGAAUCGUGCAACCACCAGGUGGCACUGUCUUGGAGGAGUGCAUUUUGGACCACUAUGGGCGUGAGGUUGGCUACGUCUUCGCCUGGGCGAACCUUUUCACGCGAAGCCUGUGGGUCCUGACAGUUCUUUGUUUGUUCUUCUACAUUUGCGGGGCUCGAGCACAGCUUGGUGGCUAUCAAGGUGUCCUGUGGUAUGCAAUGCAAAUUUGCAUUCUUGGCUGGGCCAUUUGCCUAAACGCCGUGGCCGGAUCGAGAAAAUCUGUGCUGAGAAGCGGCGGUGGUGGCGGUUUUACGAACUUUCGAGCUCACAACAAUCGCACCAACGAAGUGGCAUCCAACAAAGUGGCCCCGGCGGACUCGGAGCAUGGUCAGCCUCGAAGAGGUCCAGACGAGAAGCCAAUCAUCCAAGGUGCCAAAACCACUGCAUUGGAUGGUGUCCAACGACAGGUGACACCUGAUGCAGAAUGCCGGUUGGGCCUGAGAGUAGCGACCACACACACAUGGCAAGACAGGCGCGAAUCAUUGAAGGACUCCUUCUGUCCGGCAAGGCUGAUGGAAGGUGUAGAAGAGGUGCCACAAGAGCGUCGCCCUGAAACUGCUGAGAAGCUGCAGCGAGCACUUCUCAAAGCAAAAUUCCUUGGUUGGGAGUCAAAACAGCUGAAAGUUCGGCGACUCAAUCCAGACUACUCAGAGAGCAGGUGUCCCAAAGUUUGGGCAAUCUUGGCCUUCUCCUUGACACUUGCUGUGAUGUUGCUCUUCUUGUUCACGGCUAUUCUGAUCUUAUUCUUUUUCUUGAACCUGAAAUCUCAUUUGAUCUAUGUUUGGGGUGAUUGUUUGCGACAAGGGUGUAACAACCCGGUGCAAGUGCACGGGCUAGCAGGCUUCCUUGCAGAUAUCUCAGCAGAUAUUUCACUCGCAUUGGUCUUUGUCGUGCUGUUGGGGGAGGUUUGCAAAGGCCUUGCGUCUCAACUUGCCAAGCUUUGGAACUUCAAGUACAUGCGACAACGGCAAUACGUUCAAGCUAUGCUGUCUCUUGGCAUCGAGGUGCUGGCCAAGGUGGGUGUUUUCUCCUUGAUCGCGUUUGUUUUUCUUCCAGGCUGGAUCUCUGAUGCUGAAAAGGAGGUGGUGCCGAAUGUGCAGGAAACUUGUUCCCGAUAUGUGGACUAUCAGAUCUGCACAUGGAUGUCUGAAUGCUCCGAAGACGACCAAUUCUGCUGCGCAGGUUCACUCCUUUGCGCAAAAGACCUCUUAACGUUUGAGCAACGGCGAGAUCUAUUUCACUUAUGGCUGAUCGGCCCGUUUCUUGUGUGCCCCUUCGUUGACAUGAUUCCGGCAAUUUUGGCGCCAUUGAUAGCCAAGCGGCUUUCCAGAUGGGCUGAUAAUGUGUCUGAAAAAGCCCAGGCUGUGAAGCGCCGGCUGUGGCAGCGCUGUUUGUCGGCGCCUGGAUGGUUUUGCUGCUGUUGCUGUGGGAAGCCUUUGUCCCGCUUGCUUGCCUUGAUCUUUGUGCUUGAUGGCGAAGUGACGGGCUUGCGCUAUGUUUGCCAGGGCCAAACCUUUGCCACUACCGAGUUGGACAAAUCAGACAAAUCGGAUCCCGACGAUGACUGCUGCGAGCGGUGUAUCGACGGGCCUCUGGAACAAGUUGUGCUGAGAGAGUUUGAUGCCCUGGAUGAGCUGAAGGACCUGAAACUCAAUUUUCUCUUCGUAGUCCUGUUCGCACCUGUCGUACCAUGGGCUAUUAUUCCAACACUCUUGGCGCGGGUCAUGGAAGUGCGCUUGAAGAUCACGAAGCUUUUUCUAGUUCGCCGUCGCAGCUUUCCCCGCGAUGCUCAUCUCAUUCACAGUACUCAGGAAACCUUCACGGACGUGGUUACUUCGUUUACCGUUUUUUGGUAUUUGGGUCUUUCCUUAGUGACCUUCAACAACGAACUUCACACAUGGACAUUGCCAGCACUUCUUCUGACAUGGCUUGGCUGUGGACUCUUGGGGUCCAUAGUUGUGAGCCUGGUUGUACGCUUCCUGCGGAAACGCCUCGAAUAGCGACUUUAUUCAGGACUUUACCUGUGGCCCGGCGAAAGUUUGGUUCGCUCCACUGUGCAGCUUGGGCUGAACAGAUCAGUGCAAGGCCACACAGCGAGCCAGACUUUGGAUAAGAGAUGUCAGAGAUGCCAGAUCUGCGGAGCAGUUUGAUUCAUUUUGCCCAAGUUUUUGCUUUUCAUCUCUAAGAGAUGCAGCCCGACCAGCGGGAGCUGAAUCAGUCAGACGCCUC